GCCGAGGUCGCCAAGCCGGGGCCGCUGAGCUCGGCGGCGCCGCGGGGUCCGGGGUGCCUGCUCGCUGCUCCACCCGCUCCCGGCCAGCUGUGCAGGCGGCUGGACCCGCCGCCGCAGCACCAGGAGCAGCAGCGAGGACUCGAGCGCGGGCGGCAGCGGCGACACCAUGGAUCUGUCCUUUAUGGCUGCGCAGCUGCCCAUGAUGGGAGGCGCCUUCAUGGACUCGCCCAAUGAGGACUUCAGCACAGAGUAUUCCCUCUUUAACUCCUCCACCAACGUCCAUGCGGCCUCCAACGGCCAGGGCCAGCCGGAGGAGCCUCCACGGUCCUCCAACGACACGGUCUUGCUCUGGAUUGCCAUCAUAGCGACACUGGGGAACAUUGUGGUGGUUGGGGUGGUGUACGCCUUCACCUUCUGAGGUUCGGGGCGCCCGCGAGCUCCAGGCCGGCUCACCCCGUGCUGGGCUCACAGCAGGGCGAAGCUUUGUUUGGGGCAUCGGCGCUGUUGGCCUUUGGCUGUGCCCACCUUCUGGAACCAGAAGUUCUGACCACGUGCACGUCCUCUCCAGGGGCAGCGACCGUGCAUCAGGAAUUCCCCCAAGCAGCCCUGAUUUCCAACGUUCUGUGCUGUGGUCAAGCUGAUCCAGAAAACGGGAGUGUGAGCUUCCAGUCCCUGGAGGCAUGAUGGGGCAAAGCCUUCGCAAGGAGCAAAUUGGGGAAUUUUUUGAAACUGUAUUUUAAGAACAUAAGACCAGUGGAAACAGCCGGUUAGCUGUGAAAUAUGGACAUGGGGUGACGAUCGCUUGCUGGCCGUAAAUAAUCACGUAUGUGUCUUGUUUUUAUGCCAACUUACCGCACCUGGUGUAUGGGGUGCCAGGUGAGAGCAGCCCUCAGAACUGGAACGUUCCCAGCCCAGCCUUGGUCUCCCACUCAGCCCUUUGGAAUAGGGUGGUCGUGACCUGGGCCAUAGAACGUUCCUCGUUUGACUUGGACAGGGCAUCUUUGUCAUCAGACACUUGGCCCCUUUUGAGACCCAGAUGCAUCGGCAGUCCAAGGACAGGGGGAUGACUGGUGAUGGGGUGGGAUUUCCAUGGGUAGGGGGUUCUCUGCCAGACGGACUUGCUCUUCUUUUUCAAAAGAGAAGAAGCGCCUUUAAACUGUAGAUCUGCCAUGUGGUCAAGUCUUCAGACCAGCCGCCAGAAGAUGCUCUCUCCUCUCUGAGAAAUCUCGGGAUUUUAGAGAUGGCAGGCUCAUGCCCACCUGAUCCUCCGACAGCCGGGAGGGAGAGGCGCGGUUUGCCAUUGAACACAGGGCAGGUGUCUGCAGCGGUCAGAGCAGGAGGGACGUUUCCUGACUCAGCCGGGGGCUCUCUCAGCCCCAGUGAAGCACUCUCUCAAGCAAAUCCCUGCUUCUCAGCUGCCCUCGGGGAGAAUGCCCAGAGAAAGGGUCUGGAAGCUGUGUGCCAGGGGGGCCAGGUGCUCAGACACCUGCAUUUUACACUGGGUCUGGCUCCUGGGUUCUCUUGCAGGCAUGAAUGUGUUCUGUCCGAGUCAGCCUCCUUAACCUUCCUCCGAGUCAGUGGCUGUGGGGAAGGGGGUUCUGGCAAGUAAGGGAGCCUCCCGCGCAGACCGGCACAGGAUGGGACACGCUGGGGGAGAAGGGCUCGCUCUUCUUUGUCCUUAGGAAAGGCGCCUGCACGGUACACCCCCCUUCCCCAGAUAGCUGCCCUGUGCCGAGCAGAGUGGGAGAGGCUCACACGCAGGCUCCCUCGCUUGCAGGCCAGGAGUGGCUUUCUCCGUGCUUUCUCCCUGUGCUGUGCGAAAGAAAAUAAAUGGUCUAAACUUCCCCUCUGUGGUGGGGAAACUGAAAA